GUCCAUUUCAACUUUCUCCUACACUGCGCAGGUGCCUUACUGUGACCUUUGGCCUCCAUGCGUGCACAGUUCUGGAAAACAGUCAAGAUGGCAGUCUCCGAAGUCUCCAGCAACAAGAUGUUUGGUGGUUUUCAGAAGGUGUUCUCCCACGAGAGCACCUGGCUGAAGUGUAAGAUGAACUUCGGUGUGUACCUGCCUCCCCAGGCAGAGUCAGGGAAGUGCCCUGUGCUGUACUGGCUGUCUGGUCUCACCUGUACUGAGCAGAACUUUGUCACCAAGGCCUGUGCACAGCGGGCGGCCGCCGAACACGGAAUCAUCAUCAUCGCUCCCGACACCAGCCCUCGUGGCUGCAACAUUGAGGGAGAGGAGGAUGGCUGGGACUUUGGUACAGGAGCAGGGUUCUAUGUGAAUGCCACAGAAGACAAGUGGAAGACCAACUACAGGAUGUAUUCAUAUGUUACUGAAGAGCUCCCAUCAGUGGUGAACAGUAACUUCCCAGUGGACUCUGACAGGCAGUCUGUCUUUGGGCACAGCAUGGGUGGCCAUGGUGCUCUGAUCUGUUACCUGAAGAACCCAGGGAAAUACAGGUCAGUGUCAGCCUUUGCCCCCAUCUGUAACCCCAUCUCCUGUCCCUGGGGACAGAAGGCUUUUUCUGGCUACCUGGGAAGUAACCAAGAGACAUGGAAGGAGUAUGAUGCUAGUGAGCUGGUGAAGAAGUACCAAGGUCCUCCAGUGGACAUACUCAUUGAUCAGGGCACAGCUGAUAACUUCCUGCCCGCUGGCCAGCUGCUGCCGGAUAACUUUGUAGCCGCCUGUGCGGAGAGUAAGGUUCCUGUGGUCCUGAGGAUGCAGGAGGGCUAUGACCACAGCUACUACUUCAUGGCCUCGUUCAUGGAUGACCAUAUCAAGCACCAUGCUAAACACCUGAAGGCCUGAGUCAACACUCACCACCUGGCUGCCUACACUAAGGACAACCCUCAGCAAUAGCUUCCCUUUAUUAGCCUUGUGUCUAAACUUAUUUUAGCUGCAGAGUCUCUUAUGUCCUCUCUAUUUGCAGAAAAAUUUAAGAUUACUGGGUAGUUAAAGUAGGUUUGGACACCAGGCUACCCUUCUAUGUUUGCUCUAAGAUUCUCCAAAGAUGUGUGCUCUUUGCCAUACAAUAUGGACAUUGAUUUUACUAGUAUCUAUGAUACACAAUGCUGAUUUGUCAUGCUACAAAAUGUCUUGAUUCUAAAUCUUGUAAGGAUGUAACUGCUGUAUGGCAGUGUGAGCUUUUGGAAAGCUUGUGUGACUUGAACAAGCAAUCAAGGGUAUGUUAAUUACAAAUUGUAAAACAAUUUUUUGACGUUUAGAGUGGUAUGGUAGAGCAAAGCAUAUGUUAGCCUGGGGGAAGUGUGGAGGCAAUAAAUGACAC